UUUUUUACGACGUGGCAAAGAAAUGUAAAUACUAAAUUGUUGUCUACAGUCUACACUCUACAAGCACGACUUCACUAAUAAAUCCUCGUAGUGAUUUCAGAUAAACAUAAUAUCUAGCUUCGUUUUUCUGGAUUUACCAUGUUCCGCAAAGUAUUUUGGUUAAGCAGUUCGGUAUAUCAAACCAAAGUUUUGAGAUCUCUCGUGUCUAAAUACCAUCUGCGUGAUAUGCACUGUCGUAAAAUCGUAUACGAAGAAUAUGGAGAUCCCAUGAAAGUUACCAGUCUUGUAGAAGACACACUACCUGAAAAACUUGAUGAUAAACAGGUUUUGGUAAAAAUGAUUGUUGCACCAGUCAAUCCUUCCGACAUUAAUACUAUUCAAGGUGUGUAUCCUGUGAAACCGCCGUUACCUACUACUGGGGGCUUUGAAGGAGUCGGAGACGUUAUGGCAGUCGGAUCAUGCGUUACUAAUCUUGUUCCUGGAGAUCGAGUCAUACCAGAUGGUGCUAUGGGUACUUGGUGUACAGCAGGUGUAUUCGAUUCUCAUCAGCUUAGAAAAGUAAGUAAAGAUAUCGACGUGUAUGCAUUAAGCGGUAUUUCUUCUAAUCCCUGUACUGCAUACAGAAUGUUACAUGAUUUUGUUCCUCUAAACAAAAAUGAUGUUAUUAUACAAAAUGGAGCAAACAGUGCAUGUGGUCAGAAUGUCAUACAAUUGGCAAAUAUUUUUGGUUAUAUAAGUGUAAAUAUUAUACGCAAUCGACCUGAACCAGAUUUGGAAAAUUUGAAAAAUCAUCUUAAGUCUCUAGGUGCUUCAUACAUACUUACUGAAGAAGAGUUAAGAACUACAGAUUUAUUUAAAAGUGGAUUUUUAUCAAAACCACGUUUAGGAAUAAACAAUAUAGGCGGUAAAAGUUCCACAGAAGUUUUACGCACAUUAAAUUAUGGUGGUGUGAUGGUGACUUAUGGUGGUAUGUCAAAACAACCAGUUAUUGUUCCAACUGCUACAUUUAUAUUUAAUGACAUUCAACUCAGAGGUUUUUGGAUGACCAGAUGGCGUAAAGAAAAUGCUCAUACAGAGCAAUACAACCAAAUGUAUGAUGAACUCUCACAAUUUAUGAAGAAUGGCAAGUUAAUUGCACCUGCUCAUAAAACUUUACCAUUAGAUUCAUUCAAAGAAGCAUUAGACAACCCUGUAACAUCAAAAGGCUUUAUUGGUCACAAAUAUUUUUUAAAUUUACAAUAAUAAAUGCUGAUACUGUUAAAUAUAUUAUUAUUUAUUACUUA